UAUUUCUGCCAUCUAUCAACAUUGUGUUAGAUCAACAUCGGUGAAAGUAAGGAUGUUUGGAAAUAUUAGAGCCCUUCGAAGGGUUUUGGUGACACAAAGAGCCAUACAAGUUCUAAAUGGCAACACAAAUCUAAUAAGCAGACAAAGUCAUGUUGUCUCUUACCGAAAUGCUCCACCGCCUCACUCAAAGGCAACUAAAAUUGGAGCCGUUGCCGUUGGAGCAGCGAUGUGGUGGUGGGUAAUCUGGCACCUAUGGCAUGAACCCGAUCACAUAACUGGAGAGUUCGACUACCCAGAUCCGCUGAAGUGGAGCAAUGCCCAACUGGGAAUCCCUCGUGAUGAUGCAUAAUGUAAUUUAUAAUUGAACAGAACUAAUACAAUGUUAUGAAUACAAAA